AUGGACAGAAAUCCUAAGCUUAGGGCGAUCCCGACGUUAGCCAAUGAACUAUGGAUGGUCUCGAAGCGAGCCACGAGGCCAAAACGGAAAGAAACAUCACACAUUCCCACCAAGGAACACCAUGGUGCAGGCCGAAACAGCAGCGAUGAGCCUAAACUGAGAAAAAACGUCCUGAAACAGGAUCUUAACUGUCUUCCUGACCCUGAAACCACAUCCGGUGAAGAAUCCCGAAGUGAUCAAACGGAACAACAGGAAUCUGACAUUAUGAAGACAGACAAGAAAAAGAGGGCGCCGUCCAAACAUGUAGCCAGACUUUCCAUAGAAGAGCUCGCUAAAUACUUUGACCUUCCAAUAUCGGAAGCUUCUACAAAGCUAAACGUCGGUGUUACAGUCUUGAAAAGGAAAUGCAGAGAAUUCGGGAUUCCUCGGUGGCCACACAGGAAGAUCAAAUCACUCAUUAGUCUCAUCCUUGAUCUCCAGGGAGAAGCGGAACGGCAACGGGAGAAGGACGAAACAGCGGCAAUGGCGGUAAAGAGAAGGAAGAAGAUGCUGGAGAUAGAGAAGAAAGAGAUAGAGGAAAAGCCAUUCAUGGAGAUACAGGCAGAGACCAAGAGAUUCCGACAGGACAUCUUCAAGAGAAGACACAGAGCAACUAGACUUUUGAGAAGCGAAGACUCUGAAUCAGUCAGAGGGUCUGGGACAUUUAUGAGAAUGAGGUUGUAA